UUUGUUUCCUUAUUUUGACGUGCUCUUUCUUUCACCCUCCGUCCCGUGUUUUAGGCCCGCCAACUUGCCCACGGAGACAAAAAGGUCUAGACAGAGAAAGACGAUCGGAGCCUCGCCCGCAGGAAAUGUGGCCCUCCGUGGCGCUGGCCCUGCGCUCAACAAGGGGCUGUGGUGUGCAGAGGUUGCUGUGGUCCGGCUCGGUGCUGGACAGACGGAGCGCGAGCCUGCGAGAGGUGCCCAAGGACUGGCUCCUCUCACUCGGCGUGCAGCCGGACGUCGAGCAGGGCCUGUCUUUCACCAACUUGGCAGCGUCGCACUCGCACUGCCUUGUCGCAUACAAGACACUGCCCCCCGCCUUGCCCGUCGUCAAGGAUGGAAUCGAUCAAGAGGAGCACCAAGUCUACCCGUCGGGACUCUACAAGGUAGCUGCCAUCGGUCGAAAUACCUUUGGGGAGCUGGGCCUCGGAUUUGCUAGCCAGGAGAGCACGUGGGGUAUGGUCUCGUCCGGCUUCACCGGCGAAGGAGGCAUUGCUUCCCUCUCGACAGGCCUUGGCAGCUCCUGGAUCGUCACAAUUGACGGCGCGUCGAAGUCGCUCGUGCAUGCAUUUGGGAACCACACGUCUGGCCAGCUCGGGCUAGGAGGACCCUCGAGACCGUAUGCGCUCAGUCAAGGUGGCGAGCCGCAGCUUCUUCUCUACUCGUCGCCACGAAGCGUCGAUGUGACAGGUGCAUCGGAAGGCGUCCAUAUUCGGGCCAUCUCUUCAGGGCUCGACCACACGGUGAUCCUCGUCGACAACGGCGAGGGACAGCAGGUCCGGACAUGCGGCAUCAAUACAGACGGCCAGCUGGGCCUCCCCGAGCAUCGAAUCUCUUCGCCAUCUUUGCUCGCCAUUCCUCCGUCCCUUUUCCAGCCAGCGCUUCCUUCGUUGGACGAUGACCCGCUCGUGGGAGUUGCUGCAGGCGGCGACACCUCGAUCGUUUGGACUCAAAGUGGACGGGUCUGGGGCUGGGGAAACAGCGAGUACGGGCAGGCGCUCGUUGGGGGCGGAGCCAUCGAUAGGAUCGACGUUCCCACGGAGGCGACCGAUGCUCUGAAACAGGCGCUCGCACCGGGUGCCAGGGUAGUCGAUGUCAAGCUUGGCGGCAGCUUCGUCGUCAUUCUCGAUGAUCGAGGCAACGUCUACACCGCUGGCUUUGGCGCACUGGGUCAGGGCAAGGAGCAGCUUCAGAGCCAUCGUCCGGUCAGGAUCCUCUCCCAAGCCACCAGCAUCUCGGCCGGACUCGAGCAGGCUUCUGCCAUUGUGGCUGGCAGUCCACCUUCUCUCUUUGUCUGGGGACUCGACUCGUCGGCUGGUCGGCUAUCGUUGGGCCAACGCAAGCCGUGGCCCAGCUACAUGAUAGCAAGUCGCUUCACGCCCGACGACAUCGAGCGAAGAGUGUAUGAGCCCGUCGAAGUCACGGUUCUUCGGAAGGACUGGAUUGGCAAAGGAUCCAUACUCGACGUCGCCCAUGGGAGGGACGCCAUGUUCGUCCUUGUCGAAGACGGUGUCGAGGAAGUGGGGCGAUGGGCAUCAAAGUGAUAGAAGUUACAAAUUACAAUGUAUUGUUAUCGUACAAAUGGAAGAGAGUUU